GAAAACAAAAUUUGCAGAGAUUUUAUGAGAAAUGCUUGCAACAGAGGUAACGCUUGCCGUUUUCGUCAUCCUGAUAACGAAGAAACGAGACUGAUUUCAGAUGACAGUAAUCCAAAAGAAAUAAUAUUUUGUCAUGAUUUUCAAAAUAAUAUUUGCAAAAGAAAUGAUUGCAGAUUCAUACAUUGCACUAGAGAAGAUGAAAACACAUACAAAAUAACAGGUUUAUUGCCAAAAUCUUUAACGAGCUCAUUAGCAUCUGAAAAGAAGCCUCCUAUAUGUUUAGAUUUCAACAAAGGAUUUUGCAAAAGGGGAGAUAGAUGCAAAUAUAGACACAUA